AGUGUUUUAUAAGUAAUAGAAGCAUUAAGCAUUUGACUUCCUAUGCUUUUUCAUGUGUAAAAUAUCGGAGCUUCACUCAUCGACUUAGUUGUGGUAAUCGCCUUCGUGGUCGCGAAUACAACCCAUAUGUUUAUUUGCAUUAUCUAGUUGUUAUCAGUGAUCAAGUGUGUACAUCUUAUUUAAAAUUGUUUAGAUUAAAUGUUAACUCCAAUAUGUGUAUCUUUCUCACCAACAGAUGGAAUCUAUUAAUCCCAUAAUUCUCAUAUGGAUUCUGAUGAUCGUGAGCUCGGUUGCUCCGGAUUGUGGCUGUAACAAGCUUAAGCGAACCCCGUCAGACGAAAAUGGUCCCACAGACACCGUUAUCUUUCCCCGGGGAAGGCAUACUGAGAACAACGAGGAGGAUGAGAGUCUGAGUAAACUAGUCAAACAUACGAAGGAAAUCGAGGGAAUGAGUUUGAUCCCUGGCGGGAAGUACCUUAUUGGAACCAAUGAGCCAUUCUUUGUGGGCGACCACGAGGGCCCUGAAAGAGAAGUAGAACUGGAAGCGUUCUACUUGGAUCGGUACGAGGUUUCCAACCGCGAGUUUGCCGAGUUUAUCGAGAAGACUGCGUACAUUACGGAAGCGGAACGGUUCGGGGAUAGUUUUGUGUUCCAGGAGUUCCUAGAUCCAAAGAUACGAGAAAAGUACAUGGACUAUAGAGUGGCGGCUGCGGUGUGGUGGUACAAGAUUCCUGGUGCCAGUUGGCGUUACCCGGAGGGCGAUAAGAAACGGGGAAUCGAGACUAGAAUGGAUCAUCCGGUGGUGCACGUGUCGUGGAACGAUGCUGUGGCCUAUUGUAAAUGGCUGGAUAAACGACUACCGACUGAAGCCGAGUGGGAAGCAGCAUGUCGAGGGGGAAGGAAGGGUAAACUGUUCCCUUGGGGCAAUAAGAUGAUGCCAAAGGACGAGCAUUAUAUGAACAUUUGGCAGGGCGAGUUUCCGGAGGGGAAUCGAGGGGAAGACGGAUGUGAGGGUACUUGCCCAGUGGACAGGUUCAGACAGAAUCAGUACGACCUGUACAACAUGGUCGGUAACGUGUGGGAGUGGACGGCCGAUUUGUGGGACGCGAAAGAGAACGUUAAACCUCCGAAUCGGGUGAAAAAGGGAGGAUCGUAUUUGUGCCACAAGUCGUACUGCUAUAGGUAUAGGUGUGCAGCGAGGUCGCAGAACACAGAGGACAGUACGGCCGGGAACCUUGGCUUCCGGUGUGCUGCAGAUGCGGAUUAGUGCUAUAGUCACGAUGGUUUAAGAUAAAUUAUUGAAAAUGAUUGAGGCGGAACUAGAUCAUUAGACACGCGAAAUGUGCGUUUUUCUGCUUGACCACUGUUUCAAUGCGAAUAAAAAUCAAUGUAAGUUGUAGUAAUUAUCACUAAAAUUUUUGUUGAAUCUCAACUAGUAGUCAUUUUAUUAUUAAAAAAGAGAGAAAAAAAGGGUAUUUAGUUUUUGAAAACUGAUUGACCUAUGAAUUUGUAUGUUGUUCUUUAAAAAGGCAAAAAAGUAAAGCAUCACAAAAUAUACCCAGCAUUUUAUUGAACA